AUGCUGAUUGGCUUGUGUGGAGGAAUAUGCUCAGGCAAGCACGCCAUCGCAGAUUACCUCAUUGAACAUCAAGAGUUCAAACUCCUCGAGCUGAACAACAAACACUACCCUCGGAUAACUGAUGACCCAGAAGACGAUCUUCGGUUACAAGCUUCGGAACUCAGCAACAAGAGGAAUUCGGAAUUCACAUUCGACAGCGUCGAAUCCCUCCUAGACUUUGCAACGAAAAGAUGGAAAGAGCGCUGGGUCACAACAGAUAUCUUGGAUACUGCGACCAUAGAGCGUUUUCUUCAACGACCUUUUUUCCUCCUAGUGAGCGUCGAUGCGCCAGUUAGUCUUCGGUGGAAGCGGUUCACAGACAGGUGCCGAAGAAGACAGCUCGAUCCUCCUCCUCUUGAAAGAUUUGUUAUAUGGAAUGAUCGGCACCUUUACGAUAAAGAUAUUGGACGUGCUUAUCUGACGGAUCGUGCGCAAGUGCGAUUGUUCAACUCAUGCUCUUCUCUGGAGGAGCUGCAUGUUGCUCUUGAAGCCCUGAAUCUCGCCGACGAGCGACGUCUUCGUCCAAAUUGGGACCUGUAUUUCAUGCAACUAGCUUCACUCGCUGCGCAGAGAAGCAAUUGCAUGAAGAGAAGAGUGGGCUGUGUGCUCGUUAGGGAACGCCGUGUAAUCAGCACCGGAUACAACGGGACUCCUCGGCAUCUUACCAACUGCAAUGAAGGUGGAUGUAUGAAACCUCCCGAAAGCUUGCAGCUUUCUCUGAUCUUAUCGUGCUGUUCUAAGAGAGACUCACAUCGACUAGGCCCGCGAUGCAACCGUGGAGAAGGAGGAGGUGUUGGCCUAUCGACAUGUCUUUGCCUUCAUGCGGAAGAGAACGCUUUGUUGGAAGCAGGCCGAGAGCGUAUACGCGAAGGCUCAAUACUCUAUUGCGAUACAUGCCCUUGCUUGACGUGUACAGUCAAGAUCGCUCAAGUCGGUAUAUCGGAAGUCGUGUAUUCCCAAGGAUACAACAUGGAUCAAGAACCUCGAAACGGCCUCAUCUAUCUCCAAAAUUCUCAGACCAUUUCUUCGGAUUUACCCUUGAUCAGUCUUUCCGGUGGGAAUGAUGUCUCAUAA